AUAAUAUUGAAUUUCAAAUUGUUAACAACUCACGGAUUAAGAACUUUAAACAUUUCAAAAAACGUUUUCCAAUUCUUAUCAAAGAAAAACGCAAAAACGGCGAAUUUUUUUCGUAAACGGAUUAUUAAAAGUAACUCUAAACAAAAAGGAUUAACAAGGAUUAAGCAAGUGACAAAAUAUCUGAAAAUUUCAGUUAAAGAUUUUACAAAAUAUCUCAGCAGCAACAAUUACAAUGGAUUUGAUGCACAUAUUACCAUACAUCGCUCUCCUGAUCUGCCUGCUCUUUACCCUCAUCGCUGAAAGCACGGCUCGGGCGUUUACCGAUUUGGAUACUUUCAUUUCAACACCCGUUGACAUAGAUGAUCGUUUCAAUGAUGAAUACUUUUCCAACUACCAAACUCGUCCAGUGGCUCCCAAAGAUUCUCUAUUAAAUCGUCUGCGACGUGGUUACUACUACAUUGAUGAUGGCGAAAUAACACCCGUCAAUCCCACCGAUAUCAAUCAUAAUGUUCAGAACGGACGCAGACGUCAAGACACCGGUGACUCUUACAAUUCCAAUGAAUCGGAUCAAAGUGGCGUGAAGUAUACACCAUUGGUGCGUUACCAUCAGACCCAUGCCAAACGCAAGAAGUUGUUUGUUCCCAACUUCUUUGGUUAAACUCAGGCUCUGGGAGCUAAAUAAAAGUGGAAUUUUCUGUUGAGUCCUGUUGUGCGGGAGUUACAAAGAGUUCCGGUUGCUUGUGAAUGAGAGUACAGACUGGCAAAAGUAUUAUUUUAUUGUAUAUUUUAACAGUAUAUUAAGUUAAGCAAAUUUUAAUUUACAUAAUUUACUUUUAGUUUUAUAAGAUUUUUAAAAAUUUAGUUUAAAAAAAAGAAAUCAUUUGUAGCUGGUUUAAUUUAAGAAGAAUGAUGAAAAUAUGUAACUGGUUUACUGAAAAAACUAAAUAUUUUAUAUGGAUAUGUAUUAGAAAUACUCUUUUAACAGUAUUAAGUUUAAAUAAAUAUAUUGAAAAAAUAAUAAAAAUAAAAA